GGUGGAGCCGAAGAAGAAAUCUUCGACAAUGACUGGUGUUUAUUAUUUUGAAGAAAUAGACAGGAUUUUCAAUGAUAAUACUGAAAUUGAAGAAUUUGAUAUUAUUCCUGCAAUGAGACCGGAAAGUAAGAGUUGCUGCCCUUAUGUUCUUGAUGAAAAUAAACUUGGAAUCUUUUCUUGGUGUGUGAAAGAUCUAUUCUGUUAUGUUUAUCGUCAGUUAAUGGAAAAGAAACGAUGGAAAUGUAUUGAAAGAACGGAAGAAGGUGUUUAUAUAAUGAAAUUGAGUCGGAUUGCACUGCUUCUACAUGCAGAGGAUUAUACAAUAUGGAACUUACGGAAGUGCUGUAUAACAAAGCAGAUAGAAAAACAGGCGAAGAUGGAAUUGGACUUUAGUGCCUUGGUUUUGAGAAAACAUCCACGAAGUGCGGAGACAUUCUCUCACAGACGUUGGCUCAUAAACCUACUACAAAGGCUGCAAGAAAAGUUGUUGAAAACACCACAAUUUUGCCAGCAGGAAUUAGAAUUGUCUCUGCUGUGCGCUGAUAGAUAUCGUGAUAAUUAUAUUACCUGGGAUCACAGGUGCUGGGUGGUUGAAAACUUUAUGUUGGACAAGAUAACAUGGUUUGAAGAAGAGUUAAACUCUACGAAAAACUGGUUAUGGUCUCAUGUGUCAGACAACUGUGUUUAUCAUUUUCGCGAACAACUGUUAAAGAAGCUUGCAGCUUUCUGCUCAUUGGAAAAGAUGAGAGAACUUUUGUUGGCAGAAUUCAAAUUAACAGAUGAAAUUAUAAACCAUUAUGCUGUGUUUGAGACAGUUUGGUAUCACAGGCAAUUCAUUAUAAGCUUCUGGUCAACUAAAUUUCAACUUUGUCAUUCCUGCCUUAUCACCUGGGGAAAUACUGGAGAUCAAAUGUCAGACAAAUUUAAACUCCUAAAAGAUUCGGAAAAUAAACUAAAUAGUAUGAGCUGCCAAUCUUGCGGACAUUUGGAUAAAAAUGAUGUAAUAUCUAUUACAAAUGAGAUGAAAUUUUGUCGACAGAUAAUCUUACAAAAUAAUGACCAUUCACCCAAGCUCAUUCGUCAGUCAGCACUUGCAAAGUCUCAUGUUACAUGGAUGCGUUUUUUUGUAAGAAAAUAUUACAAGAAUCUUCAGAAUAAUGUUUUAUUAACGAUUGUAUGUAUGACUAUUAUUUUCACAAUAUGGUAAUAUAUAAGUCAAUU